CUUCAUAUCCUCACUCUUAAAUGCACAUAUUUGCUGGCUGAAUUUCUAGCUACCGUGAUGAAUUGCUUGGCUUUUGCCCCUGGGGGGAGUCCCGUGUGUUGGCUUUUGUGUGGAUUCUUGAUAUCUUAUGCUAGCUAGGCUAACUUAAAAAUCGGUAUUUUAGUCACAUUACACGGACUAAUGAUGGUAGCUAAUUUCCCUUAUAGCUAGUACAGCAUUGACGUGGGUCAUUAUCAUUAAUAGUGGUCGUAGAAGCGAGCUGGUCUGUCCAACCUAGUACCUAGUAGGUAAUGCCGCUGUCAUUUUUUUCUGGGAAGGGAAAAUGAGGGAGUUGGUCGAUAUCCGCUUGACGCAAGGAAAAAGGCGCACUUCUAUUGAGAGAACCAACUGAAGACUUAUGAUCUUUUACGUUUUUUUUAUUGCAUAUUAUGAGUUUUGUUUUUGUGUCUCCUCCAUUGCUAUAGUCUAGUAUUGCGUAUUUGAAACCGCUAUAGCCUAGUAUUGCAUCUUUGAAACCGUUAUUUAUGACCACUUGUCAGCCCAAUGUAAACUUAGCAAAUGGUAGCCAUGCAAAUUUAUAGUAACUGAGUUUAAGGCUAGGUUAAUUUAGAAGUCUAUUUGAUUGCCAGCUGAAAUUAUGUAGCUACCUAGUUUGCUAGCUUGAAACCGUUACUGAUGCACUGCUGCUGGUGUGUAUGAAUAAUCUAAACCAGUUAGGAUAUUUAAAAAAACAGUAGGGCUGCAAGGUUACAUUGUUAUUGAUAUAUCUUUAAAUGGUUGAUGUGAUUAGCGUGGCUACUUUGUAAAUAUGCAUUAAUUAGGCAAUUUGCCUUUAUCUGCUAUUCAUUUCAAUGUCCUGGCUGCAUGCAUUUUUAUAAACAAUGGAUUUGUGAGUAGCUGUGACUGCUGUGUCUUGAUGCUAAACAAAUCUAGUCUACUUUGAGGACCAAUAUAAUAUCAGCCACGUGUUUGUCUGACCUAAUCACCUGUGUGUCUAGCCAACUGGUAAUUAACCUAGGCUCAAGGUUAAGGGCCAAAGCCCCUCAAGUCAAGGAUAGCCAGCCAGACAUCCCCAGCCUGGUCAUCAUUGUAAAUAGGAAUUUGUUCUUAACUGACUUGCCUUGUUAAAUAAAGGUUCAAUUAAAUUCAUUCACAGAUCAUUUUUAAGAUCCAAAAUAGAUGGUCACCUCUUGAAAUUAAUACCCUAUAUUGGCUAUAAUGUUACCCAUUCUGUUUCUCCAGUCUGGAUCCUCUUGUUUUGUCAAUACCCCAACAGGGAUGAGUUUUCUGUGUCUACAGUGAGCCCUGAGUGUGUUUGGGUGGGUGACUGAGGUCUGCUGACAGCUGGGGCCACCUCUUUGUUGUACCCUGUCGUCUGCCUCCAACGCCGACCCCCUGCCUGGCCGACAGAAGGGGAGAGUGUUAAGAGCGAAUCCGUGGGAAAGUCAACCUGAGCAUCCACAGAUAAACUUAUGCCUGCCCAUACCAUAACCUCACCGCUACCAUGGGGCACUCUGUUUCACAACUUUGACAUCAGUAAACUGCUCACCCACACGGCGGAAUACACGUGGCCUGCGGUUGAGGCUGGUUGGACGUACUGCAAGCUUCUUGAUAUGCCACACCUGUCAGGUGGAUGGAUUAUCUUGGCAAAGGAGAAAUGCUCACUAACAGGGAUAUAAACAAAUUUGUCCAUUACAUUUUAGAGAAAUAAGCUUUUUGUGCGUAUGGAUCAUUUCUGGGGUUCUUUUAUUUACGCUCAUGAAACACGGGACCAACACUUUACAAGUUGCAUUUAUAUUUAUGUUCAGUAUACAUGUCAUGUCUCAAAAUCGAUAUCUAUCUUACCUCCUAUAUUGUUUUAUCUCCUCCGGAUUUGAGAAGAAAGAUAAGUUCAACAGUGAACCUGUCAGUUUGCCUUAGUUCUCGCACAGCAUCCAGCCUAGCUGACGCAAUGCUAUUUUCCCGAUUUUUGACCACAUUUCUUCUCUAGCCUCCGUUGAGUCACCCUAAUCUUGGCCAACAUACAAGAGUAAGAACUCCAAUAAACUUUUCAUGGAUUAUGAUAGAGACACGCGGUUUGGACCAUUGGCUUUCUUAGAGGAGUAAAAUACCCAUUGGUCAAAAUAUAAAAAAUGUAUUGGACACCGUAGACUCUAACAUCCAUAACAGUAAUUUUUGCUUUAUUUCUCCAACAUGACAAUAUUUGGAAGUCAGUUAUUUUGGGGGAAUACACUUCCCGUAAGAGGUACUAUAGACAUACACAUAUAUUAUAUUUUGUUUGUCCAUUCUGUUAGAAAUUAAAGUUUUGAUUUUGUGUGCAAAUGUAAUGUCCAUAAUGCUGGAAUCACCCUUAAAAGGCUAACCAGGCUAGCACUAGUAUAGGCUACAUCAGACUGGCUUCUUGAAUACAACAAUGUAGAAGAAAGGUCCAAAUUGGACCUAAAUUCUGACCUAACAUGAAGGGGGAAGUAUCAAAUGGUUUGUGUUUACUUCAAUGUUGUUUCCCACUCUCGUUUCCCUUCUUUAGAGAGAGGACUAUUGUGUCUUGAACUUAGUCAGUAUUACUGGACAUGAGGAAGCCAGUGCCACAAAAAGCUAUUGAGUGGAAAGAUGGCAGGCAGAUCAAGCAUGCCCGAAGUGGCCGUCCCUCCCGGGUCCCAUCGCAGUACCAAGGAGGUCACUUCAGUUGGGACAAAUACCUGAAGGAAACAGGUGCUAGUGCUGCACCUGCGCACUGCUUCAGACAGGGCGCAACACCUCCAGUGAAUGAGUUCAAGGCGGGCAUGAAGCUGGAGGCGCAGGACCCUCGGAAUACAACGUCCACCUGCAUUGCUACGGUGGUGGGCCUGACUGGAUCGCGGCUGCGCCUGCGCCUCGAUGGCUCCGAUAACAAGAACGACUUCUGGCGCCUGGUGGACUCAUCAGAGAUCCAGCCUAUCGGCAACUGCGAGAAGAACGCAGGCAUGCUGCAGCCGCCAUUGGGCUUCCGUCUGAACGCAUCCUCCUGGCCGAUGUUCCUUCUAAAAACACUCAACGGAGCCGAAAUGGCCCCAGCACGCAUCUUUCACAAGCAGGAGCCCCCAGCCCCAGAGCAGAACUCCUUCCAGGUGGGCAUGAAGCUGGAGGCGGUGGACCGCAAGAACCCCCACUUCAUCUGUCCGGCCACGGUGGGAGCGCUGCGUGGCGUGGAGGUGCUGGUCACCUUCGACGGCUGGCGGGGUGCCUUCGACUACUACUGCCGCUACGACUCCCGGGACAUCUUCCCCGUGGGCUGGUGCUCUCUCACCGGGGACAACCUGCAGCCGCCAGGCACCAAAGCAGUGCUACCCAAGACCCUCGGUUGCCUUUCAGACGGUAGCGAGGGAACAGCCAUGCACCCCAUGCCAGGACAGCCGCCUGGCCAACGGGGGCGCAAGCCAGGCCGCAGGAAAGCCAAGCUGACAGGGCUCUGGGGCCAGAAGGGGGCCGGAGUAGGAACACAAGCCCCCCUGCCCAGAAAUGGACUGGAGCAUAUCAAGGUCCCCAAGAAGAGAGGCCCCAAACCGGGGAGUAAGUUGGGCUGGGCGAAGAGAGCAGGCUGGCUGGAGGGUGCCAUGGCAGGCCCAGGGCGACCCAUGUCCCGGCCCAGAGGGAGGCUGCCAGCCGACUGGGCCCAGAGGAUGGCCCUGCAGGAGGGUCAAGUGGAGUCUAUCAAGAUCCCCAAAAAGAGAGGGCCCAAGCCCGGCAGCAAGAGAAAACCGCGGGUGGUGCCCAACCCCGUGCCUGUUUCCCCCAACAGCAAUAUGCCAGAGCCAGACACCAGCACGGUGCCCCUGGACAACGCCACCAUCCCCAGCGCUGCCUUGCAUGCUGCAACAGUGUGUGUAUACCUGAACAAGUAUGGGAAGGUGGGACCCCACUUGGACGGGCGGCGGGUGCAGCAGCUGCCCGACCACUUUGGUCCAGGCCGGGCUUCCUCGGUGCUACAGCAGUGUGUCCAGGCCUGUGUGGACUGUGCCCACAACCAGAGCUCUGUCUUCUCCUGCCUCAAGCCAGGUCACGGAGGAGAGGUCAUAUUAGCCCACUUUGACCAGCAGCACCAUACCCUCACCCUGCCCACGGUCAACAGUGUCACGUACGUCCUGCGCUUCCUGGAGAAACUCUGUCACAACCUCUACUGUGACCCUCUGUUUGGCAACCAGCCCGUUCCCCAAGGGGGCCUGCAUUACGAUAGCCACGCCCACCCAGAAAGGAGAAGUUUUAGGGAGGGCCUCACGACGGGUCCAGGAAGAGGCUCCAAGCGGUUCCUUCAAGACUCCUACUACAGCCCCCUCCCCCACAAGCUGGCCAAAAACCUUUGCCUCUCCUUGGAAGGUGAGCCCUUCCUCAUGGUGAACGGUGUAGGGGGUUCUGGGCACUUAAAAAAGAGCCCCCUGUCCCCGGGCUCGACAGGGCAGCCUCUGGGCCUGCGGUCCCCCACCAAGUUGCUACAUCUCAACUCUUCAGGCUCUGAGCGUUUCAGAGAGAGCCCUCGGCCCAGUGGCCAGGACCCCAACCUGUGGACGGUGAAGGACGUCAUGCAGUUCAUCAGAGACAUAGACCCCCUACUGGCCCCCCACGCAGAUCUCUUCAGAAAACACGAGAUUGAUGGCAAAGCCCUCUUGUUACUACGCAGCGACAUGAUGAUGAAAUACAUGGGCUUGAAGCUCGGGCCUGCCCUAAAACUCACAUUCCACAUCGACAAGCUCAAACAUGGACGCCCAAAUUGAGCUCAUCAGUGUCCCGUCCCCCCCUCCCCUCUACAGGAUAUAAUGCACGGCAUACUACUGGACUAACCAGCACAUGUCGCAUCCGCCACUAGGCUAUGAUACCUGGUGUCAUAUAUCCCCUCCCUUUCUCUGCCGCAUCUAAGAAGCCCUGUGGCGAACUUCUCUUAUUUACAUUUUAUUUCUGUUGUGUGGCACAAUCCAGCCCUACAGCAGCAUUGGAUAUGCAGACUGACUGACUCGCCCACAGCUCCUCCUCAUCCAUCAUGUUACUUGCCUGUUUUUCUAUUCCAUAUUCUCUUACAACAACCUCUACCAAUGAUGCCCUCCCUGUGUGUAGUCAUUUUUUACUGAAAUGGCCAUUUUAGGCCAGAGUUUGUAUUACAUUGUUUUUUAUCACUUUUUUUUGUGCCUUCCCUGGAAAAUAUGGACUUGCAUUAGGCCAUUUUGGCUGUUUUGUAUGAAAUAAGUAUACUGAACAAAAAUAUAAAUGCAACAUGUAAACUGUUGGUCCCAUGUUUCAUGAGCUGAAAUAAAAGAUCACAGAAAUGUUCCAUACGCACAAAAAGCUCAUUUCUCUCAUGUUGUUCACAAAUGUGUUUACAUCCUUGUUAGUGAGCAUUUUUUCAUUUGCCAAGCUAAUCCAUCCACUUGACAAGUGUAGCAUAUCAAGAAACUGAUUAAACAGCAUGAUCAUUACACAGGUGCACCUUGUGCUGGGUACAAUAAAAGGCCACUCUAAAAUGUGCUGUUUUGCCACAGAUGUCUCAAGUUUUGGCAUGUUGACUGCAGGAAUGUCCACCAGAGCUGUUGCCAGAGAAUUGAAUGUCCAUUUCUCUGCCAUACGCCGCCUCCAACGUCAUUUUAGAGAAUUUGGCAGUACUUCCAACCAGCCUCACAACCGAAGACCACGUGUAACCACGCCAGCCCAGGACCUCCACAUCUGGUUUCUUCACCUGCGGGAUCGUUUGAGACCAGCCACCCGGACAGUUGAUGAAACUGGUUUACUGUAAAUUUCUGCACAAACUGUCAGAAACCGUCUCAGGAAAGCUCAUCUUUGUGCUCAUCGUCCUCACCAGUGUCUUGACCUGACAGCAGUUCGGCGCCGCAUCCGACUUCAGUAGGCAAAUGCUCACCUUCGAUGGCCAGUAGCACGCUGGAGAAGUGUGCACUUCACAGAUGAAUCCCGGGUGUCAACUGUACCGGGCAGAUAGCGUGUAUGGUGUUGUGUGGGUGAGCAGUUUGCUGAUGGCAAUGUGAACAGAGUGCCCCAUGGUAGCCAUGGGGUUAUGGCAGGCAUAAGCUACGGACAAAGAACACAAUUGCAUUUUAUCAUGACGAGAUCCUGAGGCCCAUUGUCGUGCCAUUCAUCCGCCGGUCAUCACCUCAUGUUUCAGCAUGAUAAAGCACGGCCCAAUGUCGCAAGGAAAUGUACACAGUUCCUGGAAGAUGAAAAUGUCCCAGUUCUUCCAUGGCCUGCAUACUCACCAGACAUUUCACCCAUUGAGCAUGUUUGGGAUGCUCUGGAUUGACGUGUACGACAGCGUGUUCCAGUUCCCACCAAUAUCCAGCAACUUCGCACUGCCAUUGAAGAGUGGGGCAACAUUCCACAGACCAUAAUCAACACCCUGAUCAACUCUUUGCGAAAGAGAUGAGGCAAAUGGUGGUCACACCAGAUACUGACUGGUUUUCUGAUCCACGCACUACCUUUAUUUUUAAAGAUAUCUGACCAACAUAUGCAUAUCUGUAUUGCCAGACAUGUGAAAUCCAUAGAUUUAUGGCUUUUCUGUAAAUUAACUUUACCUUAGUAAAGUAUUUUAAAUUGUUACACAUUGCGUUUUAUAUUUUUGUUCAGUGUAAUUAAUUCCAGGGGGAAAAACUAGGUUUCUCCCAGCUGUUUGGGAUUUGUUCUGAAUUUAUUUUUGUUUGGAGGCAUGGUUUUCAAACAGUAUGACACACUACAUUAUCAAAACACAUUAUACUGUGCUGAAGAAAUACUGACAUGAUAAACUGUUAUGGAUGUUUACAAUGACUGUUGUUAUUUGUACUUUUUUUAUUUUUAUACUAUAUUAUUAGAGUUCAUACAUUGAGAGCUUUAUCAUACUCAUUAAUGUUCAAUAAAGAUAUAAUAACUGUU